AUGCCGUCGCCUCAAAAUAUACGUCGAGCGGUCUUAGCUGCUGCUGUGACUUCUGUUACUAUUGCAGGAACUUUGUAUGGGGCUGGCAUAAAGACCAACGAGGAGAUUGUUGAGAAUACCAAAAAACGCCAAGAAGCGACUUUUGAUGAGCAAAUGAUAGCUCUCCAAGGCAUGCGGUCGAAUCUGACAGCACGGAGAGGGAUGAUCGAAACUCAAAUUCGAGACUUGGACACCAGAAUCCAAGAAAAGAAACAAAGAAGCACAGACAGCAGCGACAAAGAACGUCCGCAGGAAGGCCGUUGA